GAAAGAAAACAACCGGUUAAUAAUAAUUUUUCCGCGGCAUCCCCGUUGUCAAAUAACGCUGCGAGAAGCGUUGUGUGAUAGACAUUUUUAAUUAUUCCAUAUUUUUUUUAAUUUAAUUUCUUCUUUUGGGCCGGUAACCUAGAACAAGAUGUCGAACAACGGUCGUAAGCGUGCGGCGCCGGCGUCGGGGCGUGUGACCAAGAUCCGGAAGCCCCGCAAGCCUGUCUCGGAGGACGAAGAGAGUGACUCCUCGCUGUCAGACCAGCAGCCGCAGGAACAACGCCAGCGCACGCCCAGCCCCCUCGAGGAGCCCGUCAUCAAGUUACCAGAGGAGUUGCUGAAAACAUUCUACAAGCCUCCAGGGAAGAUGCUAAUAGCUGGCUGUGUGUCGUGGGACCUGGUGGCCAAGCGGGACAACAAUGUCUCCAACCGAGUGCAUCCCAACCUGUACACUUUCCACCGGUUCACUGAUCGCAGGUACCGGCUCAUAGUGAGCCACUGCAGUGCCGGACAUUCCAUACUGGUUGGUGAUGAUGGAACAGCUUAUACUUUUGGUCGCAACAACUGCGGUCAGUUGGGCUUCGGCGACACGACGACUCGCAGCCUGCCCGAGCCCGUUCCUGGACUCCAGGGCAAGAACAUCAUCCACGCGGCCGUCGGCAGGCACCACUCGCUCUUCGUAACCGAUACGGGCGCCGUGUACGCUUGCGGUGACAACAAGAGCGGUCAAUGCGGAGUGGGAACGAAUACUGCGCAAAUACUGAAGCCUACACGAGUCCGCCAUACUGGCGCUCCAAUCGUGAAGGUGGGUUGCGGUGCGGAGUUCUCAAUGAUUCUCGACUGCAAUGGCGCCCUUCAUUCCUUCGGCCUGCCCGAGUACGGUCAGCUGGGUCACAACACGGACGGGAAGUACUUCGUGACGAGCACGAAGCUUUCAUUCCACUUUGAGACGGUCCCGAAGCACGUCGCGAUGUUCUUCGAGAAGACCAAGGAUGGCCACGUGAUGCCCGUCAAGGACGUGGACAUUGUCGACUUCUCCUGCGGAAAUAACCACACUGUGGCGAUAGACUCGAAGAAGCGCGCGUUCAGCUGGGGCUUCGGCGGGUUCGGGCGGCUGGGGCACGCCGAGCAGAAGGACGAGAGCGUACCUCGGCUGAUCAAGUACUUCGACUCGUCGGCGCGCGGCGUCCGCUCUGUGCACUGCGGCGCCACGUACAGCCUCGCCGUCAACGAACUCGGUGCCCUCUUCUUGUUCGGUCAAACGAAGCGCACUGGAGAGGCCAACAUGUAUCCCAAGCCAGUACAGGAUUUGCACGGCUGGAACAUCCGGAGCAUAGGGUGCAGUAACACCUCGAUUGUGAUCGCGGCGGACGACUCCGUUAUCGCCUGGGGCGUAUCACCCACCUACGGCGAGCUGGGCACAGGGGAGAUAAACAAGUCGACCGCGCGGCCCAAAGAGGUGACAAAGAUGGAGGGGCUGAAUGUGACCCAGGUCGCGAUGGGCUACUCCCACUCCCUGCUGCUCUGCGACGACGCCAACGACGAGGUCAAACAGAAACUGGAGACCGUACCCCUCUUCGAACCCUAAACACCACAAAAACACGUUCACUUUCAUCUUUGCAAUACAAUUUUUAUUCUAAUCAGAUACCUUUCUGAUACACAGAACUGUAACUGAACUGUGAGAUUAUCUAACGCUGGGCGAUUGUACAAAAUUAUCUUUUUAAAUUAUUGUAACUGAUGUAAACUUAUGUCCAUUUUGACUUUUUUAAGCUAAAGUACAGAACUCUAGUAUGGAACUAACAAUAUAAUAAACGCACACAAAUGGAGCGCGGCGAUCGGUUGUACUAACUGUCAAAGUGUUCAUAAUGAUACAACAUACUGUCACUAGAUGGCACUUAUGUUAAGCUUAUGCUGCUAGCGACGUCUAGUUACUCUAUGGCGAAAUAGAGUAACCCAAACGACAAAAAAGGUGGCGAGCAUCGGUACUCAAUCUAAAAUGUUUGGAAGGCAUCAGUCAUGCCUGUAGAUAGUAACCAGUACUAACAGAUAAUAAUUUAGUUGUUGUUCCAACCCGCACUGGAACAGAGUGGUGGAGUAUGCUCCAUACCCCUUCAAGAUUGAGAGGUCUGUGCCCAGCAGUGGAACAUAUAUGGCUAUUUAUGUGUUUAUUUAUAGAAUUUGUGUGAUUGUUUGGUGUCAAUUAUGGCACUUAGUGUGACUCUUCAUGAAAAUGUUGUUGCCCUUCACUUCUGAAGAUUCAUCAUAUUUUAGAGCUCUCAAAGUAAAAUAAAAUUUGGUUCAUUGUAUGCGAUUGCGACAGGGCUAGCUGCUUCAACUAUUACAAUAGAUUAGAACAAGAGGUGUGUACACCUCAAUAAUCAAUGUUAAGACGUGCAGUUAACGCUAUCUACCUAAACAAAUGCGACCAACACUGUCUUCUAGUUGUCUAUUUCACCACUUACUAGUAAACAAAUACGCCAAAUACGACCUGCUUAGUAAUGCUAUCAGCAAAAUAAGCAUACAAUACACGAUAAUACUACAUAUAGAAGAGACACUCUUCGCCCCGCGCCGUUAUGAACUUGUUUUACCUCACCCCCCGUUGCGGUUCACUUUAGACUAAGCCGUUAAGUGGCAAGGAAGCGCGCGUGGGCCGUGUCUAGCGCGCACACUGUAUUUAUGUAUGUAUGAGUAAGAACCACAUUUUUGUAUGGAGUAUCUGAGAUGUGACAUAGGUUAGAAAUGUACCAUGCAGUGAAACAGGACCUAAACCUUGCCUUGUGAUUAUGCACGUCACUGCCAUAAAGUAAUAGUAGAAUUGUCAAUUUUAAACAAAUUUAAGAUUAUGGUAUCAAUGUUAUGCGUAUUCCAAAUGACUCGUUUACCUAACCUGAAGAUUUGACAGGUCCGGUGACACGCGACUGCCUGUCUGACCUAACCGCGUAUUGUUUAUUUGUCCUGCCUACAUUAGCCAAUUAAAAUACACGAUGGGAAGAGAGUUAGUGGUAAGCAGUGAACGUGUUUAUGUAAAAAAGAUGGAAUUCAAUGCCUACCUUGUCCAAACUAAAUAACUCCAGAAAGACUUAUAGACUUGCUUCACCAUGGAACAACUGUUUGGUUAUAUUCGUUGUAUCAUUAGCUUCGUACAGACCACAUACACGUUUAAGAGUAACCCUUGUGGAUUACGUUAUUUGACUGAUAGACUAGCUGGAGUAUCAACAACCGUCCACCGACCAAUACUGCUUCUCCUCGUGGGAUGAGACGCGAACGAUUAUUUUUCUUAGUCUAAUCAACACCUGACUAGGUCACAAUAGUAUUACAAACACAAAUCGUUUGAACACGUUUUCAUUCACACGCCUCGAAUUUGAAUGAUAUUAUUUUAGUUAAUUUUAUGUGAGAAGUUGAUCAUUCGCUUAGUUUUUAAGUUUAUUUCUAAGCAGACUUUUAAAUAGCAAUAAGUUAGUUGGUUUACGAUCAAACUGGAUGCAUGAUUUAUGUCACAUGACCGUUUUAGCGACCAAUAAUUUGUAUAUUUGCAGAAUGAACAAGGUACAAAUUAUAAUAACAUUCACCAUUUUUAAAAGUAAAAUGUGUUAUUCAAAUACAGCUUGGCGAAAAAGAGAAACUUGAAAAAUACUUUUUAAAUUAGUUGCGCACUGAUCUCAAUCAAAAAAUAUACUAGUAUUGCUAAUGAGGCAACAGAGCGCGGUGUCAUUCUAAUUCUUUGCCGAGCUGUAUGUUUUUUCCAAUGGAAUUAUGCUUUAAGAUGGUUAAAGCUUUCAAUUUUCGAAUUAUUCGGUUUAUACGAAUUAAUUACCGAUUAAUUUAAGCUUCAUAAUUUAUAGAUAACUUUUAAAUAUGUGUAAUUCGAUAUAAGUAAUGAAUAACGAAACAUUUCGCGUUUAUACAAGUCAGUUAUUGUUAAUACUGAAACUGAUAUUCGGAAAGCUGUUCUUCACAUAAUAGUUCAACUAUCAACGAAUUAUCUUUGUACUUUAAUGACAAAAUAUCCUGUUAUACUAGUUGUAAUGUUUCCUACAAUGUUUUCGUGUUAUAUAUAUUCACAAGUGCCUGGCAUUAUAGGUACAUAACAAACAUUAGAUUUCAGUAUGAACAAUAACUGUGGUUUUCGAUCAACGUAAUCAGACUUUAAAUAGAUGUAUCUGUAUAAUUAAGAAAUGUAUGUUACGUUGUAAGCUCUGCGUGUACACCACCGCUCGAAGACUGCGAUAGUGUGCAGUGUUUGUUAUAAACGUGUUGUAUCAUAGUUACGAAUUACCUAAAUGUGUAGACAAAUGUGUCUUCAAUGCGCCGGGGACAUUGCUGUAUCUGUGAAACUAGACUACAUAACCAUACAGAAGGAAGAGUUUGAUUUUGUAACAAGUAGAGCCGCUAGACCACGGCGCGAGGAGCCCGGCCACCCACCGUCUCGUGUCCCCUUGCUGCGGGCGCCCUCCACACCCUGUAUACGACAUAGAUUGUAACUACCGUGCAAUUAAGCACGUUUACCCUUUUGAGUUGUUAAUUUACAUACGAGUAUAUCGAAUUUACUGAACUUUUUCUACGAUUUUUAAAGAUUUAUUUUUAAUUAUGACUAAGGUUCAAUCUUCGUACUUAUAAAGUGGUAAUGUAACAAUUAAUGUUAAGAUUAAUAAUUAGAUACGCUAUCUCAAACGUUUUUGUGUCUAAUGUUACCUCCUUUGAGGAAAUACAUUCCUUCACUGGUGACUUUUAAGUAAGCAAGACAAUUAACAAAUAUAGUUUUCAUCUCAUAAAGUUUGCCUAUUGGUUCACUUGUUUGAUUAAAAGUCACCAUUUUAAAUAAGUAUUAUAAUAAAGCUUGUAGGUUAUCACGUAAUCUUUUUGCUCGGGAUAUUGUGAAAGUAACGGGUACAAACUGAUAUUUAUUUUGUCUAUCAUUACUGCAGUCAACCAACAGACUUGUGAUUUGGUAAAUAAAGUUGUCUUUUAAUCUGA